CAGAAGCAUUUGCGACACGACUUCCACCCUUCCUCCCCCCGGCCCCGAAACGAACAUCCGCUGCGACUGAAAAAUCCGCCGCAUGUCCUAAGAGCUACACAUCCACGCUUCACACCCGUCUCCCCACAAAUACCCGAUCAUUCCACUCCACUCAGGACUUCCACCGCAAAAGAUUCCCCACAAUGCUCGGUCUCUCAGACAUGCAACCGCGGCAGCUCGCUGCGCAGAUCCUCAAUUUCGCCCUCGUCCUCUCGACAGCGUUUAUGCUAUGGAAAGGUCUCAGCGUAGCUACCGAUUCGCCAUCUCCCAUCGUCGUUGUGCUCUCGGGAUCUAUGGAGCCCGCCUUUGAGCGCGGCGAUCUGCUUUUGCUGUGGAACCGCGGCAUGGACACAAAAGUUGGAGAGAUUGUGGUAUAUAAUGUCAAGGGCAAGGAUAUCCCGAUUGUGCAUCGCGUUGUGAGGAGAUAUGGUGGAGGGAAAACUCCCCUCAAGUUGCUCACCAAAGGUGACAACAACGUUGCCGAUGACACUGAACUCUACGCCCCAGGCCAGGAUUUUAUCAACCGCAAAGAAGACGUGAUUGGAAGCGUGGCAGGAUUCAUACCGUUUGUGGGAUACGUCACCAUCCUCCUGAGCGAAUAUCCGUGGUUGAAGCAGGCGAUGCUGGGGAUAAUGGGAUUGAUGGUGGUGCUGCAACGGGAGUGA